GUUGAGGUAGCGGUUGGAGACGUGGGGUUAGGGGCGGGGAAAAGCGGCUUGUUUUAAAUCUCAGGCCCAGGUCUCCUGAGUGGGGCGGUUUUGUCAGGGCUGAUUCAAGGAACCUCAGUAGGUUUCGAUUUCUUUUCCUGGAAACGGCCUCGCUUCUUGCUAGUGAGCAGACCCGCACAAUUCGCUGCCUGAAGUUAUCUGACACUCUUCCUUUACGCCUAGCCCUGUCCAGGAGCCUCUCCAGACACAGACACUGGGCACCCUUUGGUUUGGGACCCAGACUUUUAGCCACAGGGCGGAGGGACGCAGAGGAACCCGUCUCAGGACCCCGGACAGCGCCCCGAGCAUGGCUGGCUCUGGGUCUCCCGGGUCGCUCCUAUGCCCCCGAACCUCUUCUGGGGGGCUGCAGGCGCUGCUGCUCUUGCUUCUCAUGGACUGGGCGCUGCUCCGUCCGGCGCUACCUCAGCUACUGUUUGUGCUCUUGCCCACUGGGCCUCCGCUUCUCCGGCUCUGGAUGGCUGGCCUGGGCCGUUGGGGGAUGUUGUGGCUGGGAGUGCAUUGGACCACUAAGCAGGAAGGGGUCGGAGCUAAAAGUUGGAGGACUGCGCUGGGGCCCCUAACCGCAGCACUGGGACUGACGCUGCCCGGGCUAGCCUCGUUCAGGGCUCUGGGAGGGAGGGAGGCUCCGAGGGGUGGAGGCGAGGCCGGGCAGCUGUACUGGGGGAGCCGGCUCGAUGCUUUCGCUCUCAGUUAUGCCGUGGCACUGCUGGCGCUUUUCCUGUGGCAGAAACUUGGAGAUCUUUGGGUGCCGGGGAGUCCCAAGGGCUCGGGGUCCAUCAUACACCGGCUGCUGGGCUUCCUGGGCCCAGAACUGCGUCGCUUCCCACUAGUGAUCUUCUUCCUCCUGUUGUCCUGUCUAGGAGAGAUGGCUAUCCCAUUCUUUACUGGUCGCCUCACAGACUGGAUCCUGGAGGAUGAAGCAGCUGCCGUCUUCAACUGCAACAUCGCUUUCAUGUCGAUACUCACGCUAGCCAGUGCUUUGUUAGAGUUCUUGGGUGAUGGAAUUUACAAUUACACAAUGGGCCAAGCCCACAACAACCUUCAGGGACAAGUGUUCCGGGCUGUGCUGUCCCAGGAGGCUGAUUUUUUUCAACAGAACUAAGCAGGUGCUAUCACCUCUCGUGUGUCACAGGACACAGUCAUGCUGAGUGAGUCCCUGAAUGAGAGGCUAAACCUGCUCUUGUGGUACUUUUUUUGAGGACUGUGUCUGCUGGGACUUAUGCUCUGGGGGUCCUCGACCCUCACCCUUGUCACACUGAUUGCUUUGCCUGUACUCUUCUUCAUACCCAAGGAGAUGGGCAAGUGGCACCAGGCCUUGGCAAUCCAAGUGCAGACAUCCCUGGCAGAGUCAAGCCAGGUGGCUGUGGAGGCACUGUCUGCUAUGCCCACAGUCAGAAGCUUUGCCAGUGAGGAGGGAGAGGCACAGAAGUUUGCCCAUCAGCUCCAGAAGAUACAGAAACUUAAUCAGAAGGAGGCACUGGCCUACACUGUCAACAUGUGCAUCAGUAAUCUCUUAGGACUCCUGCUGAAGGUGGGCAUUCUGUACAUGGGGGGAAAGAUGGUGACCAAUGGGGAUGUGAGUAGAGGAGACCUUGUCAACUUUGUCCUUUACCAGAUCCAGUUUACCUUUGCUGUUAAGGUAUUGCUUUCCACCUUGCCCAGUGUGCAGAAGGCUGUGGGAGCCUCGGAGAAGAUUUUUGAGUACUUAGACCAGAUACCCCAAUGCCCUUCCAGUGGUCCCCUGACACCUCCUACCCUGCAUGGCCUUGUAGAGUUCCAAGAUGUCUUCUUUGCUUACUCCAGCUGGCCAGAUCUCUUGGUCCUACAGGUAGCUGCAGUGUCACAAGAACCACAGCUGUUUGGACGGAAUCUAUAUGAAAACAUAGCCUAUGGGCUGGACCAGAAGCCAGAGCUAGAGGAGAUCAUGGAGGCUGCCAGGCAGGCUGGAGCUCACAGUUUCAUCUCUCAGUUGCCUCAGGGCUACUACACAGAGAUAGGAGAGUCUGGGAGCCAGCUGUCAGGUGGUCAGCGGCAGGCAGUGGCCCUGGCUUGGGCUCUGAUCCGGAACUCUCGAGUCCUCAUCCUAGAUGAUGCCACCAGUGCCCUGGAUACAGACAACCAGUUGAGGGUGGAGCAGCUUGUGUAUGAGGCCCCCAGGAGGGCCUCUCAGGCAGUGCUACUCAUCACCCAGAGUCUCAGCUCUGUGGAAAGGGCUGACCACAUACUCUUCUUUGAGGAGGGGGUCAUUCAGGAGAGUUGGACCCAUAGGCAGCUUAUGGAGAAAAAGGGCCGAUACUGGACCAUGGUGGAGGCCAUAAGUGGGAACUCAGCUCCUCAGGAAUGAGUGACAUACUUGAAUCCCCAUUAUGAUGGAACAUACAACUCUCUCAUCUCCUGAAAAUGGAAGGACAGAGGAAGAAUGUUAGUCUCUUUUUCCCACAUGAUAUGAUUUAGCAGUUCCAGAAAGGUUUUCCAUGCCACAAUUAUACUCCUACUAAUUAUAUUCCCAUCACCAAUACUAAUUCCUUUCACUCUUUUAAAUUACAAUUAGUGGAGGGGAAGGCAAAUGUUCUCUUAAUGGGAAUAACUUAGUGGGAAUUCAUUCAUCCUUUCAACAAGCACUAAUUAAGCACCAACUUUGUGCCAGCACUGUUCUAGGCACUGGAGAUAUGAAGACAGAAAGAAAACAACACCAAGGAGAUUAUGUUUUAUUACUGCCUAGUUCUAGAGCUUGUAAAGUACAGAUAACAAUGUCAUAUUUUAUAGAGCUAGAGUUCAAGACCUUUGAGUUAAAGGGGCACAGAAAGUGAGGAAGAAAGUUACCAGAGAGGUUGACUGUGGUGUCUCUAUAUACAAAGUGGUGAUAGGGGCAUUGGAGGAUUAAUCCUCUAUGCAGCUGACCCAGAAGUACUGUGGAAAUUCUUGGUGUUGAGAAUAAACUUGGUAUUUUCUUAA